ACAGUUGGGUUUUUGCACUCGAACAUGUCGCCCCUAAACAAUGGCUUAGCUACAGCUCAAUUUAUGGAUCCAUACACAAAGACGUGCACAAUGUAAGCCGCAUCUGCCCGGCCAUCCUCAGGACGCAAAAUUAGCGCAGAACACCGAAGCCCUGUGUCGCUACAGCACACGGUCAAUUUCUCCGCGCCCAGCACCGAGAAUCCAGAAAUGUUCCCGAACCUGGAGAAACGUGAUGAUCGCCGCUCGCCCCAAGAUGCGGAGCCCCGCGCUGUUCCUGGAUUCGGGGUAAUUGCCCCCGGAACCGUCUUGGCUUCUCAUAUAUUAAAACCGCAAUGACAGGAUUGAAAAGGUACCUCGUGCCAUUGAGAAGGCACAUCGCCCACGAGUAACUUCUUAAUGUAUAUUCCAAGGCUGUCGAGCCAGCUGUUGCUGGCCGCUGGGCUGGCGAGCGCGAAAUGGAUCGUUCCUGGCGCACGAUGGAGAGAUACAGCUGGGAACCUGGUCAAUGCACAUGCUGGGUGCGUGACGGUAGAUGAGGAGUCGGGCAAGUUCUUCUUGUUUGGCGAGUACAAGGUGCAGGGACAGGUCGAGGGCGGCGGAGUUGCAGUCUACAGCUCGGACGAUCUGGCGACUUGGGAAUCGCAUGGGUUCGCAUUGAAGCCCGUUGAAGGACAUCCAUACCUCGACCCGAAAAUGAUCAUCCAGAGACCAAAGGUCGUCUACAGCGAUGCCACAGAGAAAUACCACAUGUUCUGGCACGCCGACAACUCCACCUACGGGCUGCUCCUUCAAGGUUUUGCCCAAGCAGAUAACAUCACCGGACCCUACAGUUUCGUCGACGCCACUUCCCCCCUCGGCAACUGGUCCCAAGACUUCGGCGUCUUCACAGACUACAAGGACGGCCGCUCCUACGCGCUCUACUCCAACGGCGACCGCAAAGAAGCCCGUGACGUCUACCUCACCUCGUAUAACUCCAACAAAACCGCCCUCGACACCGUCGUCCACCGCUUCGACAAGUACGACCUCGAGGCCCCCACCAUCAUCCAGACAGAGUCGUCCUACUUUGCCCUCAUGUCCCACAAAACUGGCUACCGCCCUAACAACGUCGUCGCGUUCCGCGCGGACAAGCUGUCCGGCCCCUGGUCCCAGCCCUUCAUCGUCGCCCCGCUCAACACCCGGACGUACAACUCGCAGUCCGGCUUCGCGCUGCGCAUCAAGGGCCGCAAGCGCACCACGCACCUCUACCUCGGCGACCAGUGGGACUCCAACUCUCUCUGGGAAUCGCGCUACAUCUGGCUGCCCGUCGCCAUCGAUGAGCGCAAGAAGUCGCUAAGCGUCGAGUGGCACGAUAUCUACGACUUGGACGUCAAGACGGGCGAGUACCGCGCGAUCCAGGGGACCACGUACCAGGGAGCUGCCGCGAGUACGGCGGGCGCGGCGUGGAAGCAGGAGGCGGCGUUCGCCGACACGGGGUCCAUACUGACGGGCAUCUACGGCAACGACUCGACCGUCACGUUCUCCAACGUGCAGGGCGCCGGCGCGAAGGACGGCCAGUGGGUCAGCUUCUACUACCAGAACACGGACGACAUGGGCUUUGGCGACCAGCCGGGAGGGUCGCCGGACCGCAUCGGGGGUGCGUGGCAGCUGCGCAGGAUAUCUAGCGUCGUGGUCAACGGGGAUACCCAGAAAGUGGAGACGCUGUUCCAGCGGGACACGCACAAGGGCAUUGUGCUGAGCACGCCGUUGAAGCUGAAGCUGCGGAAGGGGAAGAAUGAGAUUCGGAUUGGGGGCUUGAGCAACGGGUUUGAUGUGCGGGGCGCCGAUAUUGAGAAGAUUGUGGUGUAUCCGCCGGAGGGGUAGAUGGGUGACGCCAGCGCAGUGUAGUCUAGACGGUGUAAUGAAGUUUGUACCG